AUGGCUUCCAUGAUGAUCUUCCUCAACAAACACGUUUGUGAACUUUCAGGCAUCAUACUAAGAAGAAUUACAAUGUUGAAAAGCAAUAUUAUCCCUCUUACAGGUUCUUCCAAGAAACACCCUACUUAUCGUGGAGUGAGGCGUAGAGGAAACAAUGGAAAAUGGGUUUCCGAAAUCCGUGAGCCAAAAUCCCCUAACCGGAUAUGGCUUGGUACAUUCGCCACUGCUGAAAUGGCUGCGGUGGCUUAUGACGUGGCAGCGCUCGCACUCAAAGGUAGAGAUGCCCACCUUAAUUUUCCCGACGCUGCUUCUUCUUUGCCAGUUCCUGCUUCUUCUGCUUCUCGUGAUAUCCAGGCUGCUGCCACUAGUGCAGCGGCAGCUGCGGGGGCAGCGAUGGAUGCUUUGGUAAGCUGUCAUAGUGGUGAUGUUACAGCUGAGCCACCAGUGAUUUGGAUUGCCGAUGAGUUUAUCGAUGAGGAUCUAAUAUUUGAUAUGCCUAAUAUGAUAAACAGUAUGGCUGAAGGGAUGCUUCUUAGCCCCCCUCGUUUUGACUUCAUAAGCGAUGAGAGUGCUACCGGAUCUGCAUUUGAUCACAGCCUAUGGAAUUAUACCUGA